UCACUAGCUACUUGUCAUCGGCCUCGAUCGCCAAUGGAGAUGGAGUGCUCCAGCUACAUGCUACCUCUUGUGGUUUCUUGCUUCUUCUUCCUCUGCUCCUUCUUCCAUUCUCUGCUUGCAACAAGAAGAAGAAGAAGCGGCGACGUUUGCUGUGGGUCUCGCCAUGCGCCGAGGAGCCACCCGGUGCUGGGCUGCCUGGUGGAGUUCUACCGGAACCGGCGCCGGCUGCUGGACUGGUACACCGGCCUCCUCGCGGCGUCGCCGUCGCAGACGGUCGUGGUGGCGCGGCUCGGCGCGCGCCGCACCGUGGUGACCGCGAACCCGGCGAACGUGGAGCACCUUCUCAAGGCCAACUUCGGGAACUACCCCAAGGGCAAACCGUUCACGGAGGUGCUCGGCGACCUGCUCGGCGGCGGCAUCUUCAACGCCGACGGCGAGCCGUGGCGCGCGCAGCGGAAGCUCGUGAGCCACGAGUUCACGGCGCGGGCGCUCAGGGAGCAGGUGGGCGCCGCUCUGGAGGCAGAGGCGCGCGCGCGGCUCGUGCCGGCGCUCGACGCGGCCGCGGCCAGCGGCGGGGAGGUCGACGUGCAGGAGCUCCUGCGGCAGUUCGCGUUCAACGUCAUCUGCCGGGUGUCGCUCGGCGCGGACCCCGGCGACGGGACGGCAUUGCCGCUGUCGAGGCUGGCAGCGGCGUUCGACGCCGCGGCCGCGAUCGUCGCCAGGCGGGGCGCCGCGCCGGUGUCCGCCGUGUGGAAGGCCAAGCGCGCGCUGGGCGUCGGCUCGGAGCGGCGCCUGCGGGAGGAGGUGGCGGUGAUACACGACGCCAUCGCGGAGCUCGUCCGCCGCGGCAGGAGGAAGAACCGGUCCCGCGGCGGCGGCCUGGUCUCCCGGAUGGCUGCGGCGGGGUACCGCGACGAGGCGAUCCGCGACAUGGUGAUCAGCUUCGUCAUGGCCGGCCGCGACACGACGUCGUCGGCGCUGACGUGGUUCUUCUGGCUCAUGACGCGCCACCGCGACGUCGAGGGCGAGGUGCUCGCGGAAAUCGAGUCGGCGUGCGGCGGCGACGGCGAUGUCGGCGUCGGCCUCGACGGCUCCCGGAGGAUGCGCGUGCUCCACGCCGCGCUCUGCGAGACCAUGCGGCUGUACCCGCCGGUGGCGUGGGACUCGAAGCACGCGGCGGGGGCGGACGUGCUCCCGGACGGCACGCGCGUGGAGCGCGGUGACCGCGUGACCUACUUUCCCUACGGCAUGGGCAGGAUGGAGGCGAUCUGGGGCGCCGACGCCGGCGAGUUCAGGCCGCGGCGGUGGCUGGCUCCGCCGCAGGACGAGGGCGUGUCACCCUUCAAGUUCCCGGUGUUCCAGGGCGGGCCCCGGACGUGCCUCGGCAAGGAGAUGGCGUUCCUGCAGAUGAAGUUCGUCGCCAGCGCCGUGCUCCGCCGGUUCGAGCUCCGGGAGGUGGACGAGGGCCGCUCGCCGGUGUUCGUGCCGCUGCUCACCGCGCACAUGGCCGGCGGCCUCAAGGUGACGGUGAGGAGGACGAGGCAGCACACGAGCACGUGCUGCGAGUCAACAGCGGCCACGAGGUCCUAGGAAACCAUGUCAACAAGCUGGUCCCGACUGUACAUUGUUCAAAAAAAUAUGUGCGUGAUUUCAGUCAAAUUUCUGACAUUGGGACAGGGUUUGAUGUUUGGUUUGCCAAUGAUCCCAUCUUGAUUUCCGACGAGGUUUUAGGAUGAAGGUUCAUCGAGCAUGACUAGGUUCGCCUGGUCCCAACUCUAGAAUUAGAGGAGGCCGCAAGCACCUAAGAUGUAGGGGUAGGACCGCGCAGUACCAGAAUCUGAAAUUUUCGUAAGAGCUGAAAAUAGUGACAAAAAUAGUCAAAACUGUUACAAAAACGAUC